UUUGUAUCCGACAGAAGGCACCUGAGCCGGGCCACGGUUGAGGAGAUGCCCCAGUGUUUCUCUGGCUGUCUUUAACGGCAGGUAGUGAGUGAGACACGGAGGAGCAGAGCGGGGAGGGCUGGGGGCUGUGCUAGCUAAGUGGCUCCAGUACGAGCAGCCCUCCAGGCUCGCCUUUUUCGGUCUCUGCUCUUUAAAUUAAGCAUAAAAGCUGGGAGCUAGCUGGGCUGACAGCGGGAGAAGUGAAGGAAGGAAAAUCAGCUCUGUCCGUCAGGUUAAUUUUUAGCAAACAGAUGAGAAGUGACAGCAGCAGUAGCUUUUCCCACAUUCUCUCCUUGCUCGGUUAUUCCUUCUCCUGCUCUCCGUCAAGCUGCCUUUGUCACCGUGCUACUCCUCGGUGUCCUGGCUCUCCUGGUGCCCUGUGUGUGAUGUUAGCUUUGCUGGUUUCUGUGUGUUUUGCGUGUUUUCCGUUGCCGGGUAAUUCUUGGCCUCCGGCUCCACGGACAGAAAUAAAUCUUCGGUCAGAGGUCAGUUGGUUUGCUCCACAUUAAAGGCAAAACGGGCGAGCCGGUCUACUCUCCCGGUCACAACGGCUCUCAGGCCACGUCGCCUGCCGCCCUGCCCCCACUUCGCAACAGUAACCACCAUCAUUUGACGGUGACAGUGUUGCUGCAGUUCUAGGAAGCCCUUAUUAUACAAAAGCUUUCAAAGAGCCGCCUGGUAAAACAAACGGAAGAAGAAAAAGACUAUGAACCCUGCACGCAGCAGGCUGUCAGGGAGCGAGGGGAGAGAGCAAGCCAUGCGCCGCCCUAAUUGGCUUUAUGUGAACGCAGGGAGGCUCUAAAGUUGCGAUGUCGGACGCCGUCCAGCUGUCAUCGCAGUCGCAGGGCCAUGUCACUCAGCUCUAUGAGGAGAACACCAACAAACGCCCGGUGCUGACCUCCCAGCCCAAUGGGCUGGCUCCAAUCAGCUCGUCCCGACCUGGCUUGCCGCUGCCAGACCGGCAGACCUCGACGUCAGAGCCUGCCCACCACCACCGCCAGAGCAGCGCAGCCUCCAACAAGUCGACGGACAGCAAGCCGAAGGUCAACCCCAUGACCCCGGAGCAGGCCAUGAAGCAGUUCAUGUCCAAAAUUUCGUCAUUCGAGCAACACGAGAUGUUCAGCUAUCCCGAGGUGUAUUUUGUUGGCCAGAAUGCCAAGAAGAGGCAGGGGGUCCUCGGUGGAGCCAACAACGGGGGCUAUGACGAUGAUCAGGGGUCUUACAUCCAUGUACCACAUGACCACAUCGCAUAUCGCUAUGAAGUCUUGAAGGUCAUCGGCAAGGGCAGCUUUGGACAGGUGGUGAAGGCCUUUGACCACAAGACUCAGACACAUGUGGCUCUGAAAAUGGUCCGCAACGAGAAGCGCUUCCACCGGCAGGCAGCGGAGGAGAUCCGCAUCCUGGAGCACCUGAAGAAGCAGGACAAGGAUUCGAGCAUGAACGUCAUUCACAUGCUGGAGAACUUCACCUUCCGAAACCACAUCUGCAUGACCUUCGAGCUCCUCAGCAUGAACCUGUACGAGCUCAUCAAGAAGAACAAGUUUCAGGGCUUCAGCCUCCCGCUGGUCAGGAAGUUUGCCCACUCCAUCCUACAGUGUCUGGAUGCACUGCACAAGAAUCGCAUCAUCCACUGCGAUCUCAAGCCCGAGAACAUUUUACUGAAGCAGCAGGGACGCAGCGGCAUCAAGGUCAUAGACUUUGGUUCCAGCUGUUAUGAACAUCAGAGGGUUUACACCUACAUCCAGUCCAGGUUCUACAGAGCACCAGAGGUUAUUCUGGGCUCCAGGUAUGGGAUGCCCAUCGACAUGUGGUCUCUGGGCUGUAUCCUUGCCGAACUGCUCACUGGUUACCCCCUGCUGCCGGGCGAAGAUGAAGCUGACCAGCUUGCCUGCAUCAUCGAACUCCUGGGAAUGCCCACUCAGAAGCUCCUUGACGGCUCCAAGAGAGCGAAAAACUUUGUGUCAUCAAAAGGCUACCCACGGUACUGCACCGUGACCACGCUACCCGAUGGCACCACAGUGCUGAACAGCGGGCGCUCGCGGCGGGGAAAAAUGCGCGGCCCCCCGGGCAGUAAGGACUGGAGCACGGCGCUGAAGGGCUGCGAUGACGUGCACUUCAUCGACUUCCUCAAACAGUGUCUAGAGUGGGACCCGGCACUCAGGAUCACGCCCAGUCAUGCGCUUCGGCACCCGUGGCUGAGGAGGCGGCUUCCAAAGCCUCCGUCAGGAACCACGGCUGGAGAAAAGACCUCAUCGUCCAAACGUGGCACGACCACUACUGAUGGCGCCAUCACCUCCAUCUCAAAGCUCACCACCACGUCAUCCUCCUCAAAAACCAGGACUAACUUAGCAGCUAUCACGGACGCCAACGGAAACAUCCAGCCGAGGACAGUGCUGCCCAAACUGGUCAGCUGAGAGUGAAUGCACCCCACUCGCUGCAGGGAGGAUGGCAAACCAGCCGAAUAAAAUGGUUUCGUCCAGUUUGACAAACGUCUGGUUUUUCAGCGUUGUUGGGGUGCAUUCAGAAUAAACACGGCAUGGAAAUGUGCGGAUUGGCUACUCCGCCGCACAAAACCCAGUUAGAUGAACUUGCUUGCGUUCAGGAAUGCCUCAAAUCCUCAGUUUUACAUUUUGAGCAGUGAGACACGAAGUAACCGCACAUUGUUUGGACCCGACUGCAGCGCCACUCAGACAAUCAGAACUCACUAUACCGCUCUGUAGCUCCAAACUCACAAACACAUCAACAACAUGGUGCUGACGGGGGAACAAGGCUGUUUUUAAAGCGUUUUUAGUACAGAAUCUUUUUAGCUGGUUUGCUUAAUCAAUUUAACAGCUUCAGUCUUACAAGGUUAUAUCCAAACACAGUGUAGGGCCUUAUGAAGGAGGUUUAUGAGGUUAACUGACAGUUAAGUUUGAUAUAUCCUUUUAAUUCUAAAGGUAUAGUUGUGCAGUGAUUAGCUUUCUAGUCUUUGUUUUAUGUCAGAGUGGGAAAAAAAGUUUGUUGGGUUUUAGUUAGGGGUAGAUUGGUGGUGUUUGUUAAAAGCCCAGCAGAACCCACUCCCUGCUAGGUAGCUAACUUUGUUAGUUAGCUUUUGUUUUACAGUGUAGCUAGCCUUUUUUUUACCGUGCUAGCAUAGUGCCUGUCAGCUGGCUAACUCCUAGCUGGCACUGUUUGUUGUUGGACAGCUACAUGUUUCUUAGCUGUCCCUUUGCUAGCUAUUUACCUUUUGACUGGCUAGCAGUUAGCUUAACAAAUUUUAAAUCUGUCAGCUAGCUAUAGCUGGCUCCACGUUUGCCUUUUUUGGCAGUCUGGCGGCUAGCCUUAGCCGGUUUUUAGCCAUAGCUCGUUAGCUCUUCACUGCCCAGCCUUACGAAGCACAGACAGAAUGAAAAAGAUUUUUAAUAUCUACACUUAGUUUUUUGAUGGGGAUAAAAUAAUGCCUGAAAAGAAGAAUGUUUGAAGUAAACAAGCACCAGUUUUUUCCUUUUGUAAUGAAUCAAAACUGAGCACUGAGGGCACAAAAUGGGGUUUGAGGGAGAGGAGCUGGUUUAAUAGUAACAUUAUAAACCUCACAGCAAAGAGCAUGGAUUAAAAAAAAAUACAUUUAAUGUUGUAAACCAAAGGGGACAGUGAAGAAUUUUCUUAAAUAGCCAUUUUAAAUAGUAUUUAAUAAUAAUUUGUCAUUGUAUAGAGAAAAUAAAAGAUGAUUGUUGACCGUUACGCGGUAGACGUAUCACCUAAGCCCAGAAAAAAAAGUUUAUCUAAAAUUAACUUGUACACAAAUCCUCAUGUGCAACAAAAUGAGUGUAAGCAACUUUGAUUUUCAAAGUACCAUAGGUUUACUAAGCUCCUCCAUUUGGUUUUUCUCAAAGUAUGGCGAGGUUGUUUUAAACCACAGCCUUUAGAGCCAUUUGGAGCAUGAUAUGUAGUGAAUACCCUUUUAAAAAGUAACAAAGAAUAGUUAAGGAGCAUCUACGUCAGAAUGGAUCGAGCAAUAACAUCUAAAGUUCAGCCUUUUCUUUUUUUUUUUUUCUUCUUUUUUUUUUUUAAACUUGCGGCAGUCAGUGAGCGAUUAAAGGUGAAUACCAAUGGGACCUAAGCAUAGUGAGCCACUGCAUCUGGCCCUGAAUGACGCAGUAAAAUUACAGAUUAAUUUAAUGAUUAUUGAUUAUAUAGAUCCAAAAAGAAGUACAUUUGCUGAUACACGGAUCAGAGUUAAUUAUUGAAAAAUUUAUAAUGGGACGGGAGAUGAUUUUUUAUUUAUUUGCGACACGUUAAUAUUUAUUAAUCUAAUCUAUGUAUUACGUGCAGUUUAUACUGUAUACUUGAAUGUGUGUGAGCUGGAUGUAUGUACUUGUGCGUGUAUGCGCGUGCGCAGUAUAAAGGGUCUUUUUGUUUGUUUGGGUUUUUUCUAAAGCUUGUUCCCUCAACCCUGCAUACUUUUACACACACACACACACACACACACACACACACACACAGCUGCAUCUGAACGCACUCUAAAACUUAGGAAGAUGACGACUAGGAGAAAAGCUGGCCCACAGUUGGCUGUGUGCACCAUCAGCCUGGUGAUGUAAUGUAGCACGCAGGAAGUGGACGAUGAUGCUCAGAAGGAACUCUUGUUUAAAAACAAACAAACAAAAAAAAAAAAAA